CUUAUUAAAUAGAUACCAUGGAAGAGUCAAUGCCGAAGCAGGGUACAACGGAAUUGCUUCUGUACAAAAAGCUUCGCCAAUUGCAUGAAGCAGGACUGUCAGAAAGCGUUGAUUUGUUUGUAACAAUGUGUCAAAGCAAGCUGUCACAAAAUCACAUGUAUCACAAAUUUCUCGCUCUACAAGCCGAAGCACUCCAUGAAAUGAAGCAAUAUGAGAAAGCUGAGUUGGUUUGCAAGAAAGCAUUGCAAUUUAACAAGUGCUCGCUGCGAAACCUUCGCUCUAAGACUGAACACAAAAAUGACGAGGACGAUCUACCUUGCUCUUCAGAAACAAAUAUGGAAGAAAGAUUCAAAAACUCAAAAAAUGAAGAUAACAGUUCAAGUUUGAUGUUGGGAUCACAUUUCUAUUUCAAAUUAGCUCAAAUACAAAUUGCGAGACAGAAUUAUUCAGCUGCAAUGCAAUCUCUACUUACAAUACCCGCUGAAUCUCGAAGUUUGAACGUGCAAGUUAUGAUUUUACAAGUUAUGUCCAAGCAGAAUUCCGGUCUGCUGACAAACGGAGGAGUUUCUAGAUCAGAAGCGCUUUCUGACUUGUUGGAGUUUCUAAAGCUGUGGCCAUUCGCUUUCUCUUUAAUUACAUCAUACUUAAGAGAAAUAGCUCCUAUAGGAUCUGAAUUAUGGAAAGAGCUGACCAUUACAGUUGAAAAAGCUUUAAAUGAUCUCAAACUGAAUUCAGUUUAUACGGAUUGGGUCGUUAAUUGGGUUAAGUUACUAGCCAUGGAUUUCAUGAUACCCAGUCCGCGAUACUUAACUCAAUUACAAGAAGUAACUACAGGUAUUCAAACAUCACUAGGCGUUACACCUGCCCCUCUCUUAGUUGCAAUAGCUACUUGCCAGUACCAUUCGGGUCAAUAUGAACAUGCACGAGCUAAUUUCACAGAAGCAAGAAGGAAAGAUCCCUUUAUUUUGACUGGUAUGACGAAAUAUUGUCAUCUGUUGUUUAUGGUUAAGAAUACACAUAUGCUGGACGUUGUUGCAACAAAGCUCAUGUCUAUUGCACCUGAAAGCGUAGAAGCUUUGAUAGCUCUAGCCUACUACUGUCUGGCUGUAGUCCACACAACCCAUCCAGAGUCUCUCUCAAACAACACCAUUCAAAAAGUGAGCCGAGUGUUGUACAUUGCACAUAAGGCCCUUUUAGCUGACAGCAGAUGCAUGGAGGCGCUGCUGCUCAAGGCUAGAGCCCUGUGGACCAAAGAGAUCAAUCGGCCAAAUGAAGCACUUGACCACUAUAGGGAAGCGCAGAAAUGGCGUCCCUGGUGUUUCGAGGCAUACGCAGAUCAUGUGGAACUUCUGCUGUCAGGGAUAAUCCAGAAGAACCAGGCAGAUGGUGCUGGAGGAAUGGCUCACAAGGAGGCUAUUCAGAACCCUGCCCUGGUCUCCGCUUUCCAGGCCAUCAAGAAGUGUGGAAAGAAUGCGAGAACUCUAACCCUGUUGGCAAUGGCUUUUGUAAACGAGCAGAUGGCCAGCAAAGACAAAGCAUCUGUGACUAUUGAAAAGGCACUGGAAAUGGAUCCCAAGUACACGCCGGCGAUCUUAUUAAAAGCGGAUUUAAUUCUAUCCGAAUCGAAGACAACAUCUGGAGGAGUAUCGGGUAAUUCGAAUGCCACAAGUGAAAACGCAGCGGUCGCGUGGCUGAAAUCGAAGCUUGACACGUAUCCAGAAAGUGCAAUUGCAAUCCACGAGAAGCUAGCCGCAAUAUGGGCAGGUCUGGACCAGAAAGACGAAGAACUGGUGCAUAAAAACAUAGUGAUGUCACUUUCGAGAUUGCCACAUGACGGAAGUGAUAUAUCUGGUAGUGGAUUUGGAUCUCUGACAUCCAGAAUAGAAGACGAUUUCUCGGCACUGGAUUCAGUUGGACCAGGAUACUCUAAUUUUGCUAUGGACAUGGAGACGACUUCUGGUCUCUCGGGCCGAGGAACAGGUGGAGGAAACGGAUGGCACGCCACGCUCACUGUCGGAGCGGCGGCUGCUAAUGACUCUGAUAUAUCUUUUGAUUAGAGUACAAAUUUAAAACUAAAUUGAAAACUGCGAGAGAAAAUGGGAAAUAUGAUCAGUAUUGAUGAAUAGUAGUUGGUUAAAUUGAAUCAAGAAAAUCA